GUUUCGUACACAGCACUUCGGAACAGUGAGCUCAAGCAUGAAAAUCAGGCUGAAUUCAAUGAUUAUGCUGUUUUCUCUACUCUUCCCACUGCCAAAAGCUGUCACCACUUCAGCGAAUGAAACCCUUCCAGAUGUAGAUGUAGAUACGCAAACCCACGUUGUCUCAUCUCGCCAAGCCCAUGUCAUUCCUGCACAAGAUGUUAAUUCGUCUCAGAAACAAGAUGAAACUAGGAAAAGAAGUGUGUUCAGUGACGAACGUAAAUAUUUUAAAGGGCUUGCGCUUCGUCCCGACCAAUGGGCUGCAGGUCUAUAGCCAAGAGGAAUUGUUCCCUAUGAAAUCUCUCCAGAUUAUAAUUCCCGUGAACUGAGGGACAUCCGGUUUGCGAUGAUUGCGUUUCGCAAACACACAUGCAUAAGAUUUCGACUGCGUAAACAAACUGAUAUGUACUACUUAUCAAUUUAUCACAACUACAAUGAAGGAUGUUACGGCGACGUCGGUCGGCAAACAUCGGUCUAUUAUCGAACAUCUGAGGGCAAGUUCAAAACGAGAAUGAAUAUGCACUCUAUUUGUUUGAAUGGACCUAAUAUGAUUCAUAAAUUGAUGCACACUAUCGGUUUUCAUCACGAACAUCAAAGAGUGGAUCGCGAUCCACGCUUUUCCAACAGCCCACGUGAUCCAGAUAGCAGAUAA